AUGGGUUAUCAAGCUGUGUUAAUAGCACUUUCUACAAUAGCUAUACUUUUAUUAAUCCCUCCAUUCAUUUGGCAUGCAAAAGCUAUAAAUAUUCCAGCUAUAACGUUAAUCAUAUGGUUAUUAAUCAUGGAUAUUAAGAUCUUUAUAGAUGCUAUAAUAUGGGGUCGUGAUAAUUUUAGUGAAGUUUGGAAUGGUCAUGGUUAUUGUGAUGUUAUGGUUAAAAUUAGUGUUGGUGCAAAUGUUGGUAUAAGUUCAUCUGUUGCAGGUAUUAUGUUUAAUUUAUAUCGUAUUUUAAAAGCUGAUAAAGUUAUACCAGAAUUGAAAAGUACUAAGAAAAUCGUUACAGAUUUAUUAAUUAGUUUAUUAACUCCAAUUUUCGUUAUGGGUUUGAAUUAUUUAAUUCAAGUUAGAAGAUAUUCAAUUUUCCAAUAUUCAGGUUGUCAAAAUGUUUUGUCACCAACUUGGUUAACAGUUAUCUUAUAUACGGUAUGGAUGGUUGUUUGGUCAUUAACUGGAGUUAUAUAUGCAAUAUUAAUCCUUUUCACUUUUUUCAAAAAGAGAAAAGAUGUUAAAGAUAUCUUAAGAUGUACAAAUUCAGGUUUAAAUUUAGUUAAAUUUUCAAAAUUAUUAAUUUUUUGUAUUAUUGUUAUAUUGGUUAUGUUCCCAUUUUCAAUGUACAUGUUUACAAAUGAUUUAAAUAAAUUACAAUCAACUUAUGAUUUUGCACAAACUCAUUCAAAGAUUUUUUGGCAAGGUAUUUUAUAUUUACCAUUUAAACAACCAUAUUUAGUUACAUGGGUUUAUUUAUCAAUUUCUUAUGUUGUUUUCAUAUUUUUCGGAUUAGGUUCAGAUGCUAUAAAUAUGUAUAUUGAUUUAUUAAGUAAAAUUGGAUUUAAACCAAUUAUUGAAUAUAUUAGACACAAGAGAGAUUUAUAUAGACAACAAAAAGCUGAUGAAUCAGUUUCAAGAGUUUUUCAUAAUAGAGAACAAUUUAAUGGUCCAAUGACUGGUACAUCUGGUGGUACACAAUUUGAUAUUGAAAUGCAAAAAAUUAUUGAUGAAGAAUAUGAUGAUAAAUCACCAACUUCAACAGCAGUUUCAAAUAUAUUUACAGAUCAAAAUGAAAUUAAUCGUCAUAAAAAAUUCCAACAUUUAAGUGGAUUUGAUGAAAGUUUAUUUGAUGGAUUAGAUGAAGAAGAUUUAAAUUAUAUAAAUAAUUUAUAUGAAGAAGAUAUAAAUGAUUCAAAUCAAAAAUCUUCGAAUCAAAGAAUUACAAGUAAAAAUCAUGGUAAAUCUGAUGAUUUAGAAUAUGGUAAAGAUUCAACUCAAGUUGAAGUCACCACUCCUAUAUCACAAGAAAGUUCAGCUACAACAGCUAAAGAAUCUGAUUUUGAUUUUGUUUAUAAAGUUCAACAUAAAGGUAUUUAA